UGUUUGCGCGUCUCCCUCGGUCGCUCGGGUUCGUGCGUGUUGCAGCAUCAAAAUGACUAAACUGCAGCUGCUCAGCGCCUACCUGACGGAGCGGCUGACGGCGGUGGUGAAGGAGGUUCUGGACGUGGUGGAGGACACGGUGUCCGAGUACCGCGAGGAGACCGCCAGAACCAGGCGGGAGAAUGAGAGUCUGCGGAGGCAGCUGCGGGACAUCCUGCUGCUGGAGGCCGAGACCGAGUGGCUGAGGUCAUCCCGGUCAGGUCCAGAACAGAACCUGGAUGAUCCAGAGUCCAGGACCCAUUCAGAUAAACCUGACUCCAGCCUGGACCAGACCCGACAGCCACAGCUGGUUCCAGUCCUGAAGGAAAUGCCACCGGCGCCAGUUUGCCUGCCAGUAGACGAGAAACCUGCAGAUGUCUGGGAACCGGUGCCAACGUCCGACCCGGGUCGGGAAGCGUUUGGCAGAAUUUCACCUCUGCAGACCCAGCCCUCUCUGAAUCUUCCCAUAAUGCACCUGGAUGUUCUGGCUCUCAGGGAGGAGCCGGUGGCGCAGGUCAAAAGAGAACCAGAGGAGGUGAAGGAGGCGGAGCUUCACGACGAGUCUCCCGCCGCCACGGAGGAAUCCGGUUUUGAAAGAGCGGAGGCGGACCCGGCGCUGCAGGACGCUCACAGGAACAGGAAGUCGUGUCAGGAGACGCAGCUGGCCGACGACGUUGCAGCCGGCGGUUUGAUCCCGGAGUUGGUGCACCGCUGCCACCGCUGCGGCGAGGCGUUCGGCCAGGCCGCCGGCCUCCGGCUGCACCUGGACCAGAAGAGGAAGACCUACGCCUGCAGCUGGUGCUGCAAAUCCUUCGCCCAGUCGGCCGACCUGCGGCGCCACCUGCGAACACACACAGGCGAGCGGCCGCACCGCUGCACCUUCUGCUCCAAGAGCUUCAGCCAGCGAGGGAACCUGCGGCGCCACCUGCGGAUCCACACGGGCGAGCGGCCGUACGGCUGCCCCUUCUGCUGCCGCACCUUCAGCGACGGCGACACCAUGAAGAAACACAAACGCACGCACGCCGCAGCAGAACGGGCCACCCGCUGCGCACCCUGCUCCACAACUUUCAGCACCGCCGCCGGCCUGCAGCCGCACCUCGAGAAGGACGCCUGCUGCAGCAGCACCACCUGAUCGGACCGCCAGGACGAGACCGCUGACAUGGACGGACAGAGUCCAACUGCUCAUCAGAACCUUCUGGGUUCUGUUCAGACACAAACUGAACAGCUUCCUGCUUGGAGGUCCGAACGGCCGGAACAAACCCACUGGGUUAGAUCAGAACAGAACCGACUGACCCGGAUAUGUUCUGCCUGCGUCCAAAUGUUCUAUAAGGAGACCCAAACAGCUGCUCACUGACCAGAACCAGACCCACAACAUCCAGAACCAGACCCGUAACAUCAGAACCAGACUUGUAAUAUCAGAACCAGACUCGUAACAUCCAGAACUGACCCGUUUUCCCAGAACCUCUGUGUUCGAUCUGGGUCAGUACUGAAGUUCUGAAGUCCGUUUUUAUAAAAACGAUCAAUUCGAUGUUUUCUGGUUCAGAACCGGAGGUGAGACGAGUUCUGAAGGGGACAGUCCGAUCAUUUCUGUCCCGGUGCUGUGUGUCUGUCUGUGGACAGUUUCUUGUCCGAGCUCUGAAGUAAGACAUGUCCAACUGGACGUCUCAUGGGUCAAAGGUCACAGGUCAAACCUAGUCUCUGCUCCAGCUGGACGUCCAGUCACAGAAUGUCCUCCAGAUUGUCUUUCUGUUUGUCCAUGAGACGGAUUGUCUUCCUUAUUCCAGAAGUCUGACCCAGCUGAUCUGAAGUUUAAAAUAUUCUUCAAAAGUCUGAAGACGUUUUUAUCGAAAAGUCCGUUCACCAGA